ACCUGGAUAAAGCCCUCCCACCACCUGCAGUCCAGCGCUGAUAAGGAGACAGGCAAGGGGAGAUAAGCAGCCGAGGACGUCAAUAAAUGUUUGUCUCCUUGCAGAUGCUCAGAGAGGGACCUUGCUAGCCUAGUGUGGACGCAACUGCUCGACAAGACCAUUGGCAGUAUUUCUCCACCGCCACCUCCUUCUCGGUUUCAUUCACUCCUUCCUGCCUGGCCAAGCAGAAAAUUGGUGAGGUGAAGGCAAAGCUGAGGCCUGCCCCCCCCAAGAACCUUCCCUCAAAAGGUGGGACCAGCGUUGUGUGAAGCCUUCCUAAGCAAAAGGUUGCUGUUCCGUGUUGCUCCACUACAUAUCACUAGCCAAGCAGGCCCUGCCCUCUUGAGUUCUGCCACCAUGGAAACGCGAUCCCUUCUCAGGCAAAUAAUUGGCCACAGCAUGCCCUUUGGCGUCCUUAUUCUUUUGACCGUGGCUGCACAUGUUGAUGGGCAAGUUUCUGCUACUUCAGACACACAGCCUGUGGGGAGCACCUCCUUUACCCCCACGCCAGGCCUCACAAGUGAAAGGGUGGGCACAGAGCUUGCAACCUCACCCUCUCCAGCCAAGCCUUCUGCUCUCCCCUUGUCUCAGUCCACUGCUGCAGCUAAAAAACUGUCUCUAAAAGCAGCCACUACAGAGACUGCUCUCCAAGAUAGCAGCACAGAUGAACAUGAAACUAUCACCAACAAUAUAUCAGGCACCCAUCCCUCUACCGGCCCUGCGAUCAGCCUUACCACAGAAGCAGCUGUUGUGGGACAAAAAUUUGCGAUCAGCCCUACCACAGAAGCAACUGUUGUGGGACAAAAAUCUGGUACAACCAGUGGGAUGGCGAACCCUCUCAAUACAACAACAGCCCCUCUCAAGACUGACGUUGGGAGUUCAUUCGGCCUCAAACCAAGGUCAAAUCCAAAACAGACUACCAAGGGUGAAGCACAGCCAAGUCCGACACCAGAACAAGAUGUGUUAGAUGACACCAAGACGACUGGCAACCGCACCCAUCGGCCUGCUCAGCGGCCCUCAACCACAACAGCUGUCCCCCAAACACCAAGCACUGUCUUUGGCCCAAGAGCAAGCCCUGAGAGGAAGAGCCAGACUGGAAUAAUUGUGGCCGCUGUCCUCUGUGCCCUUCUGCUCCUGAUCCUCUUGAUUGCCGUCCUCCUUUGCAGGCGAAAGCGCCGCUCUGGCUCGACCAGCUUCAGCACAGGGUGGGCAGGGCAGGCGGCGCUGCCAGACGACUUGGCCUUGGAUCGGGAUGUCGAGCAAGGGGCAGCGCCUGCAAAGGAAGAGGAGACCAAGCGCAACACACUCAUCACGUUCUCCGGCAAGCGUCAGUCGAGGGUGCCUUCAGUAGCCAUGGAGGAAAUAGGCGAGAAAGGAAAGAGUGAGGAGAACCAGAAACUGCUUUGUGGAGAUGCUGGAGGAGGCUCCAGCCCAGAGGCUUCUGGGAAAGCAAAUGGUAAACUCCCAGAAUCCACUGUGCAGUCCUCUCAGGAGAUCGUGUUCCCUCCACCCCCAGCUAACCAGGACUAGCCUCUUCCUAAACGACCAACGGAGGACACACUUCUUAUGCCCCUUUCUACCCCCCUUCCAGUAGAUUAGGACACUCCAUUGGCCCUGUUCCCGGUCCGUUAGGAGCUGGUGGAAGGGCGGAGGAGCCCAAGAGAGAAACGCUUGCACCACCAGUGUUUCCGACCACAUCCUUUUUCCUGUUUGUAUGGUAUCUGCAAGGUAGAGACAGCGAUCUUAAACCAGGAGUCCUGGUCUCCCAGCCACCUUUGCCUUAGUCUCACCAAACCUCUUUUUCCUUCUAGAAGACAAGGAGUUUGAGCUGUUGUUUUUUCGCAGCUGUGCAGAAAACACCUUGGUGUGGUUGUGCAGGUAGAAAAUCCAGGGCUACAAAGAGGAGGGAGGUUGUGCUGGAGAAACAACGGCCUCCUAUUUGUAGCAGAAAGUCUUGGUCACCAUUUUCAGAAAGAGGGUAAAUUGACGACGUCAAAUUUGCUGCAAUUUUCCACGACGUCAAAGAAUAGUUGUGGCCGAUGAGCCCUAUUAUCAGAACCAGUUUGCGGGGACUUUUAACGCAGAAAUGCGAAUAGGCUAACCAGAUAUCCCAACCCUAUUCUUUAAAUCUAUCCAGGCCAGUGGGCAUAAGCCUGUAGGUUCAUAUGGACACUUCUUAUUUAAUUCAGGUAUCAUCCCAAAUAUUUCCAACCAGACAGCUUACUGCUUUGUAUCAUAUCAAAAGUACAUCUUUUCAAGCAGCCAGUGAACGAACCCUUAUUAGCCAAUUCUCCAGGAUCUGUUGCGGGGUAAGCAGAGUAUAGAUGCUGGUAAUUUUAAGUAGACCACAAAUGAGAGGAGUGUAGCCGGAGUGAUGGGCAAUAUUUAUUUCUGGAUAACCGUUACAGUUAAGUGGGUUUUCAGGACCCAUCAUUACAGAUUGUUGCCUCUUAAUAUGCUUCGGUCAUCCUUUUGGACCAAUUAUCGAGUGGGACGUGCAUUCUCCGUGAUUUAUUUACCCAGGAGUUGAGGAUUCUAACUCACUUGGAGUGUGAGGCAACAAUUUCCUGGGAGGUAGUGUGCAGCAGCAAAAGCAACAAAGAGGCUUAGGGCACCUUAGGGACAAAUGGAUUGAUAGCGGCACAGGAUUUCGUGAACUUGAAUCCUCUUUAUCUGAUGAAGUGGCUUCUAAUCCACGAAUGCUUAUGCCCCAUACAAAAUUUGUUUGCCUAAGAUUAAAGAAGCCACACUGUUGUUUUGGCUGAGAUAAUAUGUGGUAAUCAUUUUGUACUUAUUAGUACAAAAUAGUUAACGAUACUUUUGUAAAUAGGCACUUAGGGAAACCAAACCAAAGAAUCUCCA